UAUACAAAUAAAAAAAUAAAAAAAAAAGAACAAACGCAGCCACCCAAAGUUCCCACCUCCCCGACGGUAAACCUUCGAAAAGGUUAUAGGCCCCUCUUCAAGUCCAUUCAGUGCAAGCACGACGCCGUUUUGGUCCUCUUCAAGAGAACUCGCAUCUCCGAGAUACACCAUCUGUUUGGUUGCCAAGAAAAGUUAUAAAUGGCAGGCCCUAAGGGAAAGAAGCAGCAAAAGCGCGGUGUUGACUUCAAAAAAAUAAAGCGAAAGAUUGGUAAAAAAUUGCCACCAGCAAAGAAUGCUACAAAUACUGAAAUUAAAUCCAAAGCAAUUAUUCUUCCUGAGCAGAGUGUGGCAUCAGAGAAGGCAGGAUUAGCAGUGAAUAAGAGAGGUUUAACAUUGAAAGAACUUCUUCAGCAAACAUCCCAUUACAGCUCAAAAGUUCGUAAAGAGGCAUUGUUGGGUAUUAAGGAUUUAUUCGAAAAGUAUCCAGAAGAGUUGAGGCUGCACAAGUAUGCUGUUAUUGAAAAACUGCGUGAACGCAUUGGUGAUGAUGAUAGAGUAGCUCAAAAAACACUACAUGAACUUUUUAAGUCAGCAAUUGACGCUGGUUGUCAGGAGGAUAAUCAAGAGCUUUUCGUCUCCUUGGUGAUGCCCUACAUAUUUAAUGCAAUGACACAUUUAGCAAUUGAUGUUCGGUUGAUGGCUUUCAAAUAUUUGGAGCUUGUCAUCCAGUAUCAUCCACCUUCCUUUUUCUUGUAUGCUGAAAAGAUUCUUCAAAACUUUGAGGAUAUUCUGCGGCGGAACCAGUUUUAUUUAGAGGACAAGAAGAAGCUCGAGACUGCUCUUGCCGGGUUGGAGCAUUGCUUUUCGCUGUUGCCAUGUAACAAGAGAGAAGUCAGCUCAUUAGAAAACAAUGAUGCUGGACAAAGGAUACUGCAUGCUUUUGAGCCCGAUUUGCCUGCAAAAUCUGCUGGUUGUUCUGUCAUCAUCCCAAAACUAAAAGACCUUGUGCCAGUUCUAGUCAAUUGUUUCCAGGAUUUUAUUCCGGAAGUUCAGAUGGGUUCACUUCUUGAUAAACAAUCAUUUGAUUGUAUGUUGUCCAUACUUCACAGUAUCAACCUUGCAGUGAAGUUUUUUUUCUAUAUGACUGAUGAGGGUAAAUUGGAAUCACGACCUUCUCAAGAGGGGCUUGAUGUGACUAUGUUGACUAUCUCUAUGACACUAUUGAAGAAGUUACUAGUUUUGUUUCCCCUUAACAUGACAAAUCAACUUUCAGAAAAGGAUGAUGUUGAAUAUUUUGGCUUGAACACUGAGUUGACAGAAAUAUUUUUGUACUUAAGCAAAUGGAUCUGCCCUCCUGCUAUUUUAUUGGGAAAAGUUUUAGAAUUUCUGGAAAAUUCUCUGCUUCGAAAGGUCUGCCCUGACACACGUAUUGGUAAAGCUUGGGAGAAGCGGGAGAAGCGGGAGAAGCGGGAGAAGCUUGGGAGAAGCGGGAGAAGUGGGAGAAGCGGGAGAAGGGAGAAGCGGGAGAAGCGGGAGAAGCAGGAGAAGCAGAAGAAGCAGGAGAAGCAGGAGAAGCAUUUAAUUUCACUUCUUCCUUUUGUUCCAAAACUUGUUUCCCAAGUGCCAGAUGACUGGAAGUCUCGCCUUCUUCAGGCUUUUACUAAGGCAUUCAAGGACUGCAAUCAUGAGUGCCCUUUGAAGUUGGCUUGCCUUUCCAUUAUGGAGGAGAUGCUAGUUCCUAGACAAGACGUGCUGUACCUGGAUCCUAGUGUUCCUGAGAUAUUAGACUUUCAGAUUGCCUGGAUAAGAGAGCUUCCUAUGUUGCUGAUCCUGAUGGGUGAUAAAAACCCAUCCUGUUCCCAGGUUGUGUUGCACCUUCUACUUCGCGUGGGACAACGUUCAUUAAUGAACUCUUCCUUUGCAUGGGAAUAUGACAACGUGCAAUUCUCACUGCAACCGUUUUUCAGCAAUCAAAAUGAUGGAAAUAUAUCAUAUGGUCCCUUUGUAAAGCUUCCCAGAGAUUCUCAGGAACUCUCUCUUUGCUGCCUGUUUUAUUUCUCUCAUUUGGAUUCACUUUUGCUGAAGUCAAUAGCUGAUUGUUGCCUUUGUCCGCAUCUGGAACAUCAUGUAUUAUUUCGAAUCAUAGAGGUCCUGCAUUCAUCUUAUAAAUCUGGGCAUAUCCAGAUUGCUGAUCACAUUAGUUUCCUUAUCACCUUGCUCUCCAGUUUCAGUGUUUUCCCAGGUACAUCUGACAAAAAAGAAAUUUAUCCUGUUAUAGAGAGUGAUGUGAAUAUCUCAAAAGAGAGUGAUGUGAUUAUCUUAAAUCGGAAGGCUUUGAAGUCACUCACUCGCAUUGUUCAGUCAUGCCUGUCAGAGAUGGGUGAUAAUUCUCUUGUUUUUCUGAUGCUAGAGAAAGUGAUACUUGAGCAAAUGUUACAAAUUCCUCCUCUAGACAAUGUUUGUGCUAUGCUUAGGAUGCUUAUUACACUGGACUCUAAAGCCACAAUAAUUUCUCAACAAGCUUUUAUAAGCCUAGGCAAUAUCCUUCCGUGGUAUCUGAUAGACAUUGUGCAUUGCACAGCUGAAGAGGAUAAGAAGGUCUCGGGUUCCAUUUGUUCAAGUGCAUGCUGUUAUUAUCUUACUCCUUGCUUUGUCUUAUUUGAUAAAAGUCACGAACUUCUGAAUGUUGUAUUGAAAACAUUGAGGUCAUGGAUAACUAAAAGUAGUUUGGCAUGUUUAACUCCUGAUCAAACCCGCUACACAACAGAAAUUUCAAGUAGGGUAGAUGCAGUCGUUUCCUUGCUUCAAUUGAUGCACAAGGAUGACAAAAUUUGGCAAAUCAUAUCUUCAUUCAAGGCGGAGAUUGACUGUAUCUUGGAAAGCAUCAUCGUUUUACAGUCCUCAAAAGAAAUCAGCAUGACCAUCGAAGAAAGGCACAUGGUGCAAUGUGCACUUGGUCGACUAAGGACAUUGCACAGUGGCAUGCAGUCAGUCUAGAGGGACGUUCCUAAUCUAAGUAGGUGCCUUCACUAUCUAAUUGUGGUGGAAGUGCAAGGAAUGGGAAGAGAAGGAGAUGAUCAAGAUCCUGACAGUAGUUUAGGGAAUGGCUUCUGGAUCAAUGUUGGUCGACGAUCCUUGACUUGGUUGAGGUUAGGUACCCGAAGAAACGAACUGAAUGCACGUCUCCGAUGGCCGGCUUGUCUUCCUCAUGAGCUAGAGCAAAGCCAUGAUUAUCAUGCUAAGCAGAUCAAAAGGAAAAGAAGAAAAAGAGUCUCGAACACCUAGCAUAUUUUUGGGGUUUUGGGUUAUGUUGGGAGUCAGAUUUUGUUGUAGAAAGUUUGGAACGGACUUAACUGUUUAGAAAUAAUUUUAUCUGAGACUCGGACGCCUAGCAUAUUUUUGGGGUUUUGGGUUAUGUUGGGAGUCAGAUUUUCUUGUAGAAAGUUUGAAACAGACUAACUGUUUAGAAAUAAUUUUAUCUGAGACUGAACUGGGCCGAACUGGCCCGUUGCCA